CUUGAAUGUACUGUUUUGCAACACGAACUUCGACACGUAAUUAAUAUGAAGCCUCCCGCGACUAUUGAUAAAGUAUAAUUACUCUGCAUUUAUUUUCUCGACCCGGAAUUUACCAUUGAAGCAAUAUUCGUAAUCAUGAACGAAAAUUCUCAGAAAAAUUUCAAUCUCCACUUCAAGAUUGUGUACACUUUGAUUUUCUUACAACUUGCUGCGCUUGGUAUUUUACUCUAUUCUUUUUAUAUCCGUCAUUAUCACGAAGGGGACUUACAACAGACAGGCAUAUUGUCCGAAAAGAAAUUAGAAUGUUACUUUAAUAACGAUGUCCACUCGGGUAUUGAUAUUAAAUGUCCGACUGGAGAAAAUGUCAGAGCAAAUGAUUUUCGGACACUUUCCGUUGCAGUGAAUGCCUUAUGUCAAAAUAAUUGUCAAAAAUUACCAGCUUUCAUUACACGAGAAAUUCGAUAUUAUAAACAAGAAGUCUGGAAAUUAAAAGAGAAAUUAACGAAAUUGGAGAAAAUCCGAGAACAGCAAUUCAGAAAAAGACGUAGUUUGAACGAAAGCCAAGAAGAAUGCGAAAUCUUGGUUGAGGAACAAUGGAGAUCAGAACACGGUACACACGAAUCAACUGGAAAUUAUUGCAUUAAACUAUCAUCUCUUGAGAAGUUCGUCCGAAAAACUAUUGGUUUAGUACAGGAAAAUAGUCCAGGACACGGAGUUGGAGAAAAAGGACAAAAAGGUGAAUCUGGACUGAAAGGAAACAAAGGAGAUAAAGGUGAGAGAGGAAAUCAAGGAAUCCCGGGAAAAGAAGGCAUUGGAGGAGAAAAAGGAACUGAAGGAAUACCCGGAAAACACGGCGAACAAGGUCUAAUUGGGCCACCGGGAAUUCCAGGUCGAACGAAUAUAUUAAAAAAUUUAUGA